AUGGAGGAGCAAACGCAACCAAAGGAGACGCCGGUGCAAGAGACGCAGGCGCAGCAGCCAGCACAGCAACCCGCACAAGAGACCACAGUCCCGAGUAGCAACGCGCCAGCUCAGGAAACGGCUCUGCCUCACAUGCCUUUCCCCAAUCCCUCCAACGGGUUCGAUCCCAGCAUGCAAGCCGCGCCAAUGGACCAAGUACUCCCGGAAGCGUUGCAGGAGGUCAUCCCCGGAGCCAUGCCCGGCAUCCUCCCCGGCAUGUUGCCCACCGGCGAGAUGUUCAUGCCUCAGAUCCUCCAGCAAAACGGACAGCAGCAAAUCUUCAUGGGCAACGAUAUGCUUCCAAACAUGCCAGCUCCGGCACCGGGCAUGAGCGCAGAUGAGAUUGCGCUCUACGACCGUCAAAUCCGCCUCUGGGGCAUAAAGGCACAGGAAAAGAUCCGCAACGCCAACAUCCUUCUCAUCACAAUGAAGGCCCUCGCCAACGAAAUCGCAAAGAACCUCGUCCUCGCCGGCAUCGGCUCCCUCACCAUCCUCGACGGCGCCCCCGUCUCGGAAUCAGAUCUGGGCUCCCAGUUCUUCCUCUCCGAAGAGGAGCACCACGUCGGCCAGAACCGCGCCCAGGCCGCCGCCGCCGCCAUCCAGAAGCUCAACCCGCGCGUCCGCGUCCAUGUCGACGCCGAGGGCAUCAAGUCCAAGGGCACGAGCUACUUCUCCGCGUUCGACAUCGUCAUCGCCACCGAUCUCGACCCGGACUCCCUCAAUAUCAUCAACACUGCCACCCGCCUGCACCAGCGCGCCUUCUACGCCGCUGGCACCCAGGGCCUCUACGGCUUCAUCUUCUCCGACCUCAUCGAGCACGACUACGUCAUUGAGCGCGACCUCGGCAACGUCGCCACCAAGCUCGCGCCCGAGACGCGGACCCGCAGUGUCGUUGCCGUCAACACCAAAAAGGAAGGGGGCAAGACCAUCGAGAUGGUGACCAAGCGCGAGCUCUACUCGACCUGGUACCUCGCCAGCGACGGCGCCACCUUGCCCGACGAGUACGCCAAGAGCGCGCGCAGGAAAAAGGCCGUCAGCCCUGUCAUCUCAUGCCUGCGUGCCCUCUGGGACUUCCAAGUCCUCAACAGCGGCCGCCUCCCCAGCCACACAAAGGAGGACCUCGGCCUCUUCACCAAGCUCGCCACGGCCAAGCACGCCCAGCUCGGCCUGCCCUCGGAGACGCUGCGCUCCGAGGUCCUACGCGGCUUCCUACAGAAUAUCGGCAGCGAGAUGGCCCCGGUCACCGCCAUCCUCGGAGGCCAGCUCGCGCAGGACGUCAUCAACGUCCUCGGCCAGACCCAGCAGCCCAUUCAGAACAUGGUCAUCUUUGACGGAAACACCAUGGAGGCGUCAGUCCUCCCGCUCCAUCCCGUCGGCGAGCUGGGACGCGGCCUCCUCUCGCUCGCUGCGCCCGGCGGUCUCAUGCCGAAUGGCGGGGGCCUGAUGCCCGCCGAUCCCGGCAUGAUGAUGAACAUGGACGGUGCGGUAGACUUCAACCACCAGAUCCUCACUCAGUAG